GUCAUAACUAACGCGUUUGAUCCUUCAGAAACCAUCACACAAAAGUGAUCAAACGUCACUCUCUCUAACUCUCUUCUCUGUUUAGUCAUCUAUAUGCCCCAUCCAUCUCUCUCAAAUCUCCUCCUCCUAUAUGGUAUUACCCUUAAGAAAAUUAAGAAGUCACUGUUUUCAUCACAAGCUCUGUAGGGUACAAAUAGCUCAGCUACUUAUAUCAAACAUGGAGAAAUCCGUAAAAGACAAGCAUAAGCAAUUUUCAAAGGUGCCAAGGUGUUCCUCUUCAUCAAAUAAAAGAAAUAUGUGGGAUUGUGGUAGCACGCUAUAUGAUUCCUACGAGCUCAACUCCUUCAAACGCCAAUUAGACUCAGCAAUAGCUAAUUCCCCUAUAAAUAGAACCCUUUCCAUGCCUCAUGUACCUGAACGUUAUCUCUCACUUCAACCUCAACCUCAACCUCAACCUCUCUCCAGCAACAACAACAACAAGACUUUCAAGAUCUCUCGACCCUUCCAGAAACUUCUUCGCUUUGUUUUCAAGUCCGGCAACAAAUUAAGGAUUUCUAGUAGUAGCCAUAGUGAUAGUAGUUUUCAAGUGGCUGAGAAAUAUUCCAAAGAUCGUUUCUACGUGGUUUAUGAUAAGUCUGAGCCCGCUCUCUCCACAAUCCCCGAACUUCCAGAGAUUGAGAUCGGUGGGUUUUCGCCGGAGAUAACUUCCUUCGUCAGAAAGUCAGCUUCCGAGCGUUUUACGGCAACGCCCACCAUUGGUGUUUCGUGUGCUUAACAUAAAUGGCUUAGACUUUAGAUGAUAAUAAUAAUUUUUGUUAUUGCAUGUCAUAACAUAGGAAUCAGCACAUGUACAGUGGGUUUCUCAUUUUAUUAUAUGUUUUUUAAUGAUUCACGAUGCAAUUCCUUAAUUUUUAUUUUACAUGGCAACGUUGAAUCCUCGGAUCGUGUGGGAAUAUGUAACUUGACAAUUAUGUUUGACGAAAUGAUUUGUAUAGUUUUAAUUUAGAUUAGAUAAAUGGGUGGUCCUGCCGGGGAUGGUGCAUCCAUUUGUGGCCAAUGGCUCGCGGUCGAAGUGGUUUUUCAACUACGAAGGUUUGGACUUCUGUAAUCGGUGAAUGCAUUAGUAAGAAUCAAAAAA